UGUUAAUGUGCACGGUCCUGUAAUCAAUUUUGACCCAUUCCCUCACGUGCUCUUAGACAGCAAAGAAUAUAUUUGUUUCCGCUCUUAUUAAUCGGUCCCAAAAUAUGCACCUUCCUGUCAAUAUUGCAGUGUAUAAUUUGACUCAAGUUGGAGUUCAAAGAUUGUUUGGGGGCAACAGAUGUGUCGAAACCCUCAGGAUAAAGAGCGUCUGCAUGUACUUAUGUGUUGAAGGGAAUGUGGGCGUGUGUUUUUCCAAGGGCAGAGCUGAUGUAGUGUCUCUUUAAGAAGGUUCUGCGUCUCAGCUGAUGAAGCGUGGGUCGUGUUGUGACAGACACUUUGGCAGGCAAAACACUCACCGGCUGAGACAAAGCAUGUGGAGUAGAAAGAACCGAUUACUGAUCCUCCUGCUUCUUUCGACGGCCUUCACGGUCGAUCUGCUCUUCAAUAUCCUACCCAAGUUGCAGCAGCGGCGGCGGCUCAGCCGCAGCCAGUGUCCGUGCGCCGGGCUGCGGGGCACAAGCCUAAGCCCGGCCAACAGCAGCAGCGGAGCCCGGGCACGUUGGCAGCUCAGCCCAACUCACUCCAAACUCCGCCAACUCUUCUCGCACCCCUUAUACCGUGUGCAGUCCCUGAGCCGGGGGCUAAGCGACUCACUCUUGGAAAGAUUCGCCGCCGUCAAGUUCUACGAGCGCAAAGCUAAACGGGCGAACAGGAAGAGAGUGCGAACUGGGAACAUCACUGGUGCAUGGUACAGCCCUCAGGUUUACCUCACUUCCAACUGGCUAAAGUUCCACUUGGCAAUCGAUCGGUAUGCACUGUACCCCCGAGGCGAGCCCUUUCUGGAUCUUCUGCUUGAAGACUUGGCCAUUCUUGGUAUUAGUGAAGUUGAUUUUACAUAUGAUAGAAAGGCUCUGAAGGGAAGAUGCAACUGUAAAGAAGUCGUGAAGCCAAGUGGAGUCCAUCUGAAAGUACUCUUAAAAUUUCAGAACUUUGGGAAGGCAAUCUUCAAACCUAUGAGACAGAAGCGAGAAGAGGAGACUCCCGGAGAUGUUUUUUAUUUUGUGGACAUCGAAAGGCAUAAUGCUGAAAUAGCCGCAUUUCAUCUGGACAGGAUUCUCGAUUUCCGCCGAGUUCCCCCGGUGGCUGGUAGAAGGGUUCAUCUAAGUAAAGAAAUUCAAGACCCGACACAAAAUGAAGAUUUGAAAGGGAGUUUUUUCACCUCGCCAGAGAACAACGUAUGUUUCUAUUCAAAAUGCCUCUACUCCUGUAAGACGGAGUAUGCAGUUUGCGGGAGACCACACCAGCUGGAAGGGUCUGUAUCUGCCUUCCUGCCUGACCUGCACAUUGCCCAGCGAGAGCUCAUCAAAAACCCUUGGAGCAGGUCCUACACAUUUGCAGAUAAAGCAGAGUGGGAAACCAAUCCAAACUAUUGUGUACAGAUCAAAAAAACUCCUCCAUACAAUACUGGAAGUAGGUUGCUGAACGUCAUCGAUAUGGCUAUUUUUGAUUUUUUAACAGGGAAUAUGGAUCGACAUCACUUUGAGGUCUUCACAAAGUUUGGAAAGGAUGGCUAUAUCAUUCACUUCGACAAUGCCAGAGGGUUUGGGAAACACUCGCAUGAUGAACUCUCCAUCCUUGCACCCCUGACCCAGUGUUGCAGAAUAAAAAAAUCAACCCUCCUGCGUCUGGAGCUUCUGUCACAGCCGGGCUAUCAACUGAGUGACGUCAUGCGGGAAUCCCUACUUUUCGAUUCCCUCAGUCCAGUUUUAACAGAACCUCACCUCCUUGCACUGGACAGGCGCCUGCAGAUAAUACUGAAGGCAGUUCGUGAAUGCGUGCGCCAGCAUGGGGGUGCCGACGUAGUCAUGGACGAUGUGGGAGAUGAGUUUGAUGGCAUGGACUUCAACAGCAGCGUGCUGACCAGCUAACAGGCCACUGGUGUCGAGCAAAGGGAGUGUCGAGGCAAGGACUGCAGCUCGAGUGAGGUAGAAUACUCCUCAUGUUUAAAAGACACACUCUCUAUUGAUGUAGACGCAAGACACUGUAGAUGCUGGAAUUUGAAGGAUCAAACAAGAUCCAGGAAAGAGUCAACGAAUCAGGCAGCAUCGGUGGGAGGAAAUGGGCAGACAAUAUUUUAGAUUGAACCUCUUCAUCCAGUGUGCACUGGAUGAAAAUGUCUUGACCCGAAAAGUCAACUGUCCCCUUCCUUCCCAACCGGCUGAGUUCCUCCAGUACCUUGUUUGCUGCUCCUCGAUAAUGUGUUAAUUCUUGUAUUAAAUUCUUGUGCCAUUUUCAGCUUGUUCUGAAGCUGUGCCAAUGGCGACUGACUCAUCUCAAUAGGUUGCCCCCGCCAAUUUCAGAGCUUGCAGCAUAAGCUGCUGAGUUCAUCUGGCACUCCCAGGGUUUUGUUCAACCGGUUCAUUGCUUACCAAGGCCUAUAGGUGGAGCACCUGAUCACGGGUUUGAGUAUUUCACUCAGCUGGGUGAAUAAACCACACUGCCUGUUUUGCCGGAGGGGCAGAGAUGUCCUUAGUCCUUGAAAUUGGUAAGUAAAGGCUGCAACCCCACCCACAGCAUCUGGUAUAAUUACAUCCAUGGGGCUGUGACCUCAACAGGAACAAAUCCUUAAAGUGGAGCUGGGCACGAUAAGUUCUCAAAUGUCAUUUUGCUUUGCCCAGGUGAAAACUCAUUGGAAACUCCCGUCUUUGUGAUCGGAAGGGUUGGUCUGAGCUUAAGAACUGACUUAGGGUGAGGUUUGAUCCACCCAUUGCAAAUGCUGGAAAUCAGAAAUGAUAGUAGAGAAUGCUAGGGGGGAGAAAACAGUUCACAUGACGUCUAUGGAGAGAGAGAUUUAAUGUUGCUGAUGGAUGAUCUUUUUAUCAGAAGUAAUGAAAAGUCAUUGACCUGAAUCGGAGACACAAGAGGCUUCAGAUGCUGAAAUCUAGAGAUCAAAAAAAAAACAACCUGCUUUAGGAGCAACACACCCAAAAUGCCGGAGGAACUCAGCAGGCCAGACAGCAUCUGUGGAAAAGAGUACAGUCAACGUUUCGGGCCAAAACCCUUCGGCAGGCCUGCUGAGUUCCUCCAGCAUUUUGUGUGUGUUGCAGAUUUUCUCCUAUUUGUGACCUGCUUUAGGAACUCAACGGGUCAGGCAGCAUCUGUGGAGGGAAACGGGCAGUCUGCAUUUCAGAUUGAGAUCCUUCAUCGGGACUGGAAGGGUAGAGAGGGGAAAUGGCCAACACAAGGGGGUGAGGGGGAAGCAGUGGUGGGGUGAGGGCUGGCAAGUGAUUGCUGGAUGCAGGUGAGAAGGGAUGAUAGGCAGAUGGAGGAGAGAAGAGUGGAAAUAGUGACCGAGACUGGGAGGUGACAGGUGGAAGCAAAGAAUGGCCACAGGUAACGGAAUCCGACAGGAAAGGAAGGUAAAGCAUGGGAUCAAAUAAAGGAGGUGUGGUAAGCAGCUGGAAAGACUAGGAGCUGAUGACCCUGUGGGAGGGUGAU